CGGGCGCACUAGCCUUUAACUUAGUUAGUUGGCCAGCUUAGUUGCCUGAGCAGAGUGUUGCUGUAUAGAACUAAGUGCGGAAUGUCUAAAAUUUUACUCUUCAUAUCCUGCCUGCUGGCUGUGAGCUGGGCGCAUGGCCUGCCGCCAGCGGUGCAGCUGGGUGGUGCCAUUGUCGCAGCCGUCGAACAGGAUGCUGAGGAGGAAGAGAAGGCAGCAGCCACAAUCUCGGAGCAGCGUUGGCUGCAACUAGCAGAACAGCAGCUGGAUCUAGUGCUCGGCGGCGAGCUCAGUGGACAGCAGUUGACUCAGUUGCUGGGCAACUGGUCGGCCGAAGCUCGCGGCAAACAUCACAAACACAAGAAGCUGCUCAAGAUGCUUUUCCCCCUGCUGAGCGCUGCGGUGCUGGCCAAGUUUAUAUUGUUGCCCUUGAUCUUGAAAUGGCUAACGGCGCUCUCGGCCUCAUCAUUUGUCAUGGGCAAAAUAGCGCUGGCUGCCGCCGGUCUGCUGGCCUUGAAGUCCAUGAUGAGCCCAACUCACGAACGUCUGGAAAUUGUGCACGCCUCGGCGCCAACGAUCAAGAGCUACCACGGAGAUCUGUCCUCAAGUGGCAGCAACUGGAUACCACUUAGGCAGCACUAUAUACCGCUGGGCGUGGCCAAGGAUGCGACGUAUCGUUACGAUAAUAAGCCCUUCCUAUAGAGCCAAGAUCUGUAUAAGUAUAUUAGUGUUAGUGUUAGACUUAGCCAAUAGGCCAAUGGUAAUAAAGCCACAUAACUCGUCA